CGCAGUGUCAGAUGACUUCUACUACGCGGGAAUGACGUAUUUCACAACUUCAAUGAACAAGCAGACGGGCAUGAAGCGGGUCGUCCUCAGAUUGGGACUGGGAUCCGACCGUCUGCCUCUGCAUAUUCGCCAUAACCGCAAAAGAGAGAUGCCGCUGUGAAAUUCCCGAUAGUCCCAGACUAGGCUACUGCUGUUGAACAUGCAAUGUGAAAGAGGAAUAUGGGCGAUGUGGUGCCAAAUAUGUUUGUUCUUGGUCACCGCAGUCAUAAGCCUGUCGGAAAGAACAACGCUGUUCUUCUGUGUGGUUUACUUCUUCUUGAUUGGCCGAACACUGUGGGCCUGUCUCUCGCUUGGCCUGAUAGUAUUAGGGUCAGUUGCGCAGGUCCUCAGUUUCAGGUGGUGCAUGUCUGAUGGAAAAAAAGGGAGAAUGUCAAUGAUCCUCAUCCAUGUCCUUCACAUGGGUAUCUUUACAAGGCUGUUGAAGUGUAUGAGGACCCUGUGGCGUCAGCAGGACAAAGACGUGGGGGUGGGCAAUGUAGUCAUGCAGCAAGCAGAUGUGUCUGCUCUUGGCCUGCUGGAGGCUCUGCUGGUUAGCCUCCCACAGACACUGCUGCAUACGUACAUCCUCUUCAGCUCUGACCAAGGCCUCUCCUCACCUGUGUCCCUGGCGUGUGGGCUCUGCCUGCUGUCCCUGUGCUGGGCGCUGGUCCUGUACGGCCGGGCGUGCUCGCUGCUCCGGCCCGGUCACGUGCCCAUGCCGCCUGCCGCCAUCGUGUGCCAGCUGGUGUGGAGGGUCAGCAUGCUGGGGGCCAGGGUCACAAGCCUCGUCUUCUUCACCAGGGUCUUCACCUGGUGGGUCUGUGGGAUCGCAGGGUUCCACUGGCUGGUUGCAUCCUUCUGGCUGGUCUCCCAGCAGACAGAUAUCUUCAGAAGCCCUGGGCGCUGGCGUCUCUUCAACUGCAUCCUAGGAGCUUUACAUGUCUUCUUUUUCCUCAAUGUGAAGGACGGCCCCUGCCGGUUCCGCAUGGCAGCCUUCUACGUGGUGAUGUUGCUGGAGAACUUUGCUCUGCUGCUGUCAGCUUCUGACAUUUUAGCUGAAGCAUCCUGGGCCAACCUGUGCAUCCCCACAGCUGUUCUCUGCAGCUUCCUGAUAGGUGUUAUAUCUGUGACGGUUUACUACCGUUUCCUUCACCCCAAAUCCACUGAGAUCCUGCAGAGUCUCCACCGAAGCCAGGCUGCCCAAGCCAGCCUGGAGCAAGGCUCCUUUACUGGGGAGAAAACUGCUCCUGAGCCCUCCGUCCACAGGCACGGCACCUUCUCCAUUACUGGCUAUGCCCAGACACUGGGCCAGUCAGAGCACUCCGAACUGAGCACAAACAAGCACAGUAUGACUCCCAAACACCAUCACUGGUGGUUAAUCUGCCUUGCUGUCAAGACAGGAGACUGGAAUAAGGUCAACCUUGUUUAUGGUCCAGAGGGAUUGGCUGCUCUGCUGGAUGUGAAUGGAGGUCCGAGGUGCCUGGACGAUGAGCCCCCAGACUUGGAGGCUGCACCAAAACAUGACAACGAGGAGCAGCUCUCGGAAAAAAGAGAGAGCCAAUACUUCACUGUCAGUACGUCAGUUCGCCAGAGUCAGCCUUCAGAAGACCACAAGGAGGCCAUUGAGAAUGACCCAGACAAUUCUGGUUCCAUUGAGAAUGACCCAGACAAUUUUGGUUCUGGAACCAAACGGGAAUGUCCAGAGGGGAGGUCAGGUUUGGAGGACAGCGUGGAGACUGACUGUGACGUCGAUGACUCGGACACCACGCUGUACUUCAGUGCUGACCCCACCUCUCCUCACUGUGUUACCAACGUGCCUGCUGUGGCCAAAGACACACACCUGGAGGCCAUAGCACAGCUGUCGCCCGUUCCCAACCGAGAGCCACUUCAGUGGGGAACCAAGGAACUACUAAGCAGAGAACCAUGCUUUACGUCCACCCCCAAACAUGACCUCAAGGCUAAGGAAAACAUCGGACCUCGGCCAUUAGGUUUCAGAAGGCAGGUCCAGUUUAAGUAAGGUUGCAGCUUAAAGGUUCUUAUUCUCUUCUUAUAGAAUGAAUAAUUUAAAAAAUAGUAUACUUUAUACAGAAUCUGCAGCAGUGACAAUAUCAUAUGCAAUUUUAGAUUAGAUUAGAUUCAAUUCAACUUUAUUCACAAUCCACACACAACCUCCUUUGUGCUAUGUAAUGGUGUAAUAGUGACACUUAUAGGUGUAUGCAGUUACUAUAAAGACUCCUUGGAGUACGUAAACAUUACCCAGACCUGUUGAACUGGUGGGGAAGAUUAAGAUGAACAUUUGUGGUGUACACAUAUUAGCACAAUACACAAUCAGAAAGUUCAUAACAUAAUAUACUGUCUAUACCGUUCAUAAUAUGAUAUACUGUCUGUACAGUUCAUACUAUGAUAUACUGUCUAUAGUUCAUACUAUGAUCUACUGUCUAUAGUUCAUAAUAUGAUAUACUGUCUAUACAUAAUAUGAUAUACAGUCUAUACAGUUCAUACUUAGAUAUACUGUCUGUACAGAGGUACUCUGUUUGAAAACAGAAAGACAUGCACACUGAGAGGACAUGCCACCUGUAGCGCUGCCCUGAGCUGAAACUAUGGAAUACUUUUGGGAUACGGAAUACUUUUGGGAUAUUUUUCAUUUUGGGAAACAGGUUACCUAUGUUUGCAUAUGUUUGGACAUACCGGUACAGCUGCUACACUCAAUAAGCUGCUUUUUGUAGUUUCUUUUUUUAUGUUUGACUGUUUUCGUAAUGUAUUUGUAUAUACAAGGCACUUUUAUUGACAAACUGCAAAAUGCAGUGUAGACCCCUCUUUUGUAUGAGCUGUGUGUUACAUUGAAUAUGGGAAAAACACACAUUCUGUGUUCAAAUUUACUGUAAAAUGUAUAUUCCGUCCUCCUGAUACUCCUUCAUGGGAGUCAUAUACUUAACGUAAAAAUACAUUACUUAAACUAUACAUUUUGGUAUGUAUCUAUUUAAUGGAGUGUUAAUUUUGUAUGAUUUUGUACGUCUUCGCAUUUUUUUGCAAGUCAUGCCACAUGUAAGUCAUGACCACAGGACUUAGUUCUAAAUAAAGCAAACUAUAUUUACCUUUACAGCGUUUG